AUGACCAAAGAGGUCAUCGCUCAAGUUGGGUCUGAUCAACGCUCUAGCAAUGAUCACAGCAGCGCCGAAAAGGGGUAUGUUGAGGAAGUCGACCUCCACAAUAAUAUUUCUGCAAAGAUCAAGAAUCCUUUGGCCGAUCUGACCAAGAGUCAAGUCAUUCGUGGCGUGGAAGAAUUUGCACAAGAAUACAACAUCACAGACAUUCUACCAGAGCUUAAGAAAGGAGCCCUCGUCGCCCGUGAUCCUGAAGAGUUUGAGACAUUGUCAGACCUGACCGAACCCGAGCUAAAUGCAUUGCGCGACGAAGUGCUUCACAAAUGGCGUCAGCCGAAGCAGCUCUAUUUCACAAUCAUUCUUUGUUCUGUUGGCGCAGCAGUACAAGGCUGGGAUCAGACUGGUUCCAACGGUGCUAACCUCUCUUUCCCUGAUGCCUUCGGCAUUUCAGACGCAAAGGGAGCUCCGAAUGCCGCUCGAAACCUUUGGCUUGUUGGUGUCAUCAAUGCUGCCCCGUAUAUUGCCAGCGCCGUCCUCGGAUGCUGGCUUUCGGAUCCCUGCAACCGAUUUUUAGGCCGGCGUGGCACAAUUUUCAUGUCAUCAAUCUUCUGUGUCCUCACACCCAUUGGCUGUGCAGUCACACAGACCUGGGAGCAACUAUUCGUGGUUCGCCUGCUCCUCGGUAUUGGCAUGGGUCUCAAAGCUUCUACCAUUCCAAUUUUCUGUGCCGAGAACACACCCGCUGUUAUUCGAGGUGGUCUAGUCAUGUCCUGGCAGCUUUGGACAGCUUUUGGAAUUUUUCUCGGAUUCAGUGCAAACCUCGCGGUAAAAGACACCGGUGCUAUUUCCUGGCGUCUUCAACUGGGAUCUGCUUUCAUACCCGCUGUUCCCUUACUCCUCGGUGUCUACUUCUGCCCUGAGUCACCUCGUUGGUACAUUCGACGCGGCGAGAUGAGUAAGGCCUACCGAUCCCUUUGUCGCCUGCGUAACACACCCUUGCAGGCCGCUCGCGAUCUAUACUAUAUCCACUCUCAGAUCAAGAUUGAGGCAAGCUUGAUUGGUGAUAGUAACUAUGUCACCCGAUUCAUUGAGCUUUUCACCAUUCCUCGGGUUCGGCGUGCUACUCUCGCCUCAUUUGUCGUUAUGAUAGCACAGCAGAUGUGUGGUAUCAACAUCGUUGCUUUCUACUCCUCCACUGUCUUCUCCAAUGCCGGUGCAAGUGACACGGAGGCGCUGUUUGCCUCGUGGGGCUUUGGUUUGGUCAACUUCUUGUUUGCCUUCCCAGCCAUCUGGACCAUAGACACCUAUGGCCGCAGGUCUCUGCUGCUUUUCACUUUCCCACAGAUGGCCUGGACAUUGCUUGGUGCUGCAUUUUGCUUCUGGACCCCUGAGGGCACCAAAGCCCAUUUGGGGUCGAUUGCAUUCUUUGUCUUUCUGUUUGCUGCCUUCUAUUCUCCUGGCGAAGGUCCUGUGCCUUUUACCUAUUCAGCAGAGGUUUUCCCUCUUUCCCACCGUGAGGUUGGCAUGUCCUGGGCUGUAGCGACGUGUCUUGGGUGGGCUGCGGUUCUCUCAAUCACCUUUCCAAAAAUGCUGGAUGUAAUGACAGCGACCGGCGCAUUCGGCUUCUAUGCUGGCUUGAAUGUGACUGCUUUAGUCAUGAUCUUCCUUUGGGUGCCAGAAACAAAACAACGUACUCUCGAAGAGUUGGACUACAUUUUCGCGGUCCCCACUCGCGUUCACAUGAAGUAUCAGGUCACCAAAGCGCUUCCAUACUGGUUCAAACGCUAUAUCUUCCGCCAAAAUGUCGAGUUGGAGCCUCUCUAUAAGUUUGAUCAUGUCGCAACACGUAUGGAGGUUGUUGCAUCCUCACGAAAGCAAAGCGUUGUUGAGGAGAGCAUCAAGUCAUAG